CCUGUAUCUUCAUAAAUCGUACAAUACUUGGACUUGAUAUGGCUUAUUCCACCUUCAUUGAGCCUGUGAGGUCUAUCCGCACGAACGCAGACCUCGCCUGUUUUUUAGAAUCUGCUGCGUUUGACAGCUAUGUGAAUUUUGUGGUUGCACUUGGUGAUAGCGUUCGAGGAAUCAAGACUUCGCAGGAUAUAUUCGUCCCCGAGGUUUGUGAAAAAAUUAUCGACCUUCUGAACAAGUUUAGAGAAUUCUUCGAUGUAUGUCCUCCAACGAAUACUCAAAGCCGCUUCGGAAAUCCAUCUUUCACAAAAUGGUCGGCAAUGGUGAAGCAGG